UCGGGCGGUUGGUUUGGCGUUGACCCGGCUGGCGGGAUUAGUUGCGUGCCUCCACGAGCGAUGUCACUGCUACUGCGAAUCCUUUCUGCCGUGCAACUUGAUUUCGAUCGAAUUGCCCGUGCCGAUUCGACGAACAUUCUCAUUUCUGCUGAUACACCUGGGUUUCGCAUUCCAAUCAAUACGCGCGUCAAAUUUCUACCUCAUGCGCUGGCGCCAAGCGGCCAGAGGUGGUUUUUCACCCGGUCUUAUCGACUUCGAGAUACGAAUUAUCUCGCGACUUCCAAGUAGUCGACCGACGGUUUAA